AUGGCACCUCAAGUUGGUAAAGGAUUUAAUAGGGGCAAAUGGAAUGAAUUGGAGAAACAUAUCAGGAAGCUUGCAAGAAAACACAAAAAUGUAUAUGUCUGUACAGGGCCAUUAUUUUUGCCGAAAUUGGAAAAGGAUGGCUCACUGUUCAUCAAGUAUAAAGUUGUUGGUCGAAAUAAUAUUGCCGUGCCGACACACUUUUUCAAGGUUGUACUCGUGGAACUUAUGGAUGGCAAAUUCGAACUAGAAGCAUAUAUUUUGCCAAAUACAGUGAUACCUGAUGAUACACCUCUGAAUUCUUUUAUGGUACCAUUGGACAGCAUUGAGCGUUCCGCUGGAUUUCUAAUUUUUGAUAAAUUGCCAAAAGGUGCUUUGAAAAAGAUUAACGGAAAAUCGAAUAAUAUGUUAUGGUGA